CGAAAACUGUGGUUAGCAAAAAACAUCUGAGACUCUCACAAAAGAAACCAGUACUAGUCGUCUGUCGCUGAUUAUGAUUUUCAAUAUGUUGAGAUCAUUCAACGGGUCUUGGCCUAUUUAGUUUUCGUACUUUUUUUGUUUUAUUCAUCGAAGUUUAUUUCUACCAUCAACAUCUCACAAGGGAGCAGUUGACGUUGUACGCAGCACCCCUUUCGAUAUAGUUUCGUCCGCCGGAAGCCGGUGACAUUGGAAAACAAUACAAUUAGCAAGUGCUCAUCAAUUAUAGGAGGCAGCUGAGAGAAAGAUUUUGAGGUUUGAGAGCCUUCUGUUGGAGCUCAGCAGCCUGUAAGAAAUGGGUUCAGGACUUCCGGUUUUCCUGCUGAUCACCUGCCUUCAAGUUUUAGUCAUAACAGCGGCGACAGACUCUAAUGACUUAUCUGCUCUAAAUUCUCUGAAGAGUAACUGGAAGAACACACCGCCGAAUUGGAGUGGUUUUGAUCCUUGUGGCGGUAGAUGGGAAGGAAUAGGGUGCACUGGUUCUCGUAUCACCUCCAUAGUACUAUCAGGAAUGGGAUUGUCCGGCACGUUGAGUGGCGACAUCGGCAAUUUUCCAGAGCUGCAAACUCUGGAUUUGUCUCAAAACAAUGGUUUGACAGGAAUUCUCCCACCAGCAAUAGUAAAUCUGAAGAAGCUUGAAAAUCUAUUCCUCGUUGAUUGCAAUUUUAAUGGACCAAUUCCUGACGAGAUAGGAUCUCUAACGCAUCUGGUCUCCUUAUCUCUAGCGUCCAACAACUUCAAUGGACCAAUACCACCUUCCAUCGGCAAAAUGUCUAAUCUUUCUCUGCUGGAUUUAACCGACAAUAAACUCAGCGGGACAAUUCCAGUAUCUGAUGGAACUUCUCCUGGUUUAGAUUUGCUGCUAAAAGCAAGGCACUUUCAUCUGGGGAAAAAUCAGUUAACCGGCGGAAUUCCAUCAAACCUUUUCAGCUCAAAUAUGAGUCUCAUACAUGUGCUUUUUGACAGCAACCAACUCAGCGGCAGCUUUCCUUCUACACUGGAACUUGUACAAACCUUGGAGGCGAUACGUCUAGAUAGGAAUUCAUUAACCGGGCCCAUCCUUCUCAACUUCACCAGUCUCCCAAGUCUUUCCGAGCUGUACUUGUCCAACAAUAAAUUUUCUGGAUCAAUGCCUGACCUCAGUGGCAUGAAGUUCCUCACCUAUGUGGACAUGAGCAACAAUAGUUUUGACGCAUCAUUAAUCCCACCAUGGUUUUCAAGCCUACAAUCCAUGACAUCAUUAAUAAUGGAGCGCACACAGCUUCAAGGACCAAUAAAUGCCACCCUCUUUAGUCCUGCUCAGUUACAGUCUAUAGUAUUAAGUAACAACCAGCUUAAUGGUACCUUGGAUUUGGGCACCAACUAUGGGAGCCAACUGCUACUCAUUGAUUUGCAGAACAAUUCCAUUAGUGAGUUUGCACAAGGAACAGAAUACAGCAAAGAAUUAUUGCUUCUUGGUAAUCCGUUUUGUCAGAAGGUGCCGUCUUCAGAAAACUGCAUAGUUCCCCAACAGCCAAAUUCUUCAUAUGCUACACCAAGAGAAAAUUGUGUGGCUCGUUCUUGCAAUGCCCAGCAACUUCUCAGUCCAAACUGUAACUGUGCAAAUCCAAUAACAGGAAUUCUACACUUCAGAUCAUUUUCCUUCUCAGACUUUCAAAAUGGAAGCUAUUAUACUCUUCUCCAGUCUGCAAUGAUGGAAUCUUUCAAUUCCGACCAACUUCCCGUUGAUUCAAUUUCUCUAAGUGUUCCAUUGAAGGAUGCUUAUGAUUACCUUGAAGUGAGGCUGGAUGUUUUUCCAUCUGGCGUUUACGUUUUCAACCGGACAGGAUUUUCUGUCAUUACAUCUCAGCUCAACAACGUAACUUUUGUCAAACUCCCAGAUGCUUUUGGACCCUUCUUUUUCACUCUUAAUACCGACAAUUACUUUACCGGUUCGAACAAGUCAUCAAGUACUGGGAUUAUCAUUGGAGCAGCCGUAGGUGGUUCUGUACUUAUGCUACUCUUACUCAUGGCUGGAGUUUAUGCUUUCCAUCAACGGAAAAAGGCAGAUCAAGCUACUCAACUAAUGAAUCCAUUCGCAUCAUGGGACCAAAAUAAAGCCAGCGGAGCCGCUCCCCAGAUAAAAGGAGUGCUAAGUUUCUCUUUUGAGGAGCUUAAAAAAUGCACCAACAAUUUUUCUGAGGACAACGCUCUUGGAUCUGGGGGAUAUGGGACGGUUUAUAAAGGAACUCUUCCCACUGGUGUGCUAGUUGCCAUUAAAAGAGCUAAACAAGGAUCAUUGCAGGGUAGUCAUGAGUUCAAAACUGAGAUUGAGCUUCUAUCAAGGGUUCAUCACAAGAAUCUUGUCAGCCUGUUGGGUUUUUGCUAUCAGUUAGGUGAACAGAUGCUGGUCUAUGAGUACAUUAAAAAUGGUACUCUUACAGACUGUAUUUCAGGUAAGUCAGGCUUCAAGAUAAGUUGGACGAAGAGACUCGGAAUAGCAAUUGAUUCAGCUAAAGGUAUUGCGUAUUUGCAUGAGCUUGCCAAUCCACCCAUCAUACACAGGGACAUUAAGUCCACUAACAUCCUCCUAGAUGAUCAGCUAAUUGCAAAAGUUGCUGAUUUUGGUCUAUCGAAACCCGUGGACAAUAAUGAAGUUCAUGUUUCUACUGGAGUCAAAGGGACAAUGGGCUACUUGGAUCCUGAAUAUUUCAUGUCCGGACAGUUGACUGAGAAAAGUGAUGUUUAUAGCUUCGGAGUGGUAAUGCUGGAGUUAGUUACUGGUCGAAAACCAAUAGAACACGGGAGCUAUGUUGUGAGAGAGGUGAAAACAGCUAUGGGUAACCAGAGGACAAAAGAUUCAAGCAACCUAGAUGCCAUCCUUGAUCCUGCUCUCGAUCCGGGAAAACCACUGAAAGGCUUAGAGAUGUUUAUUGAUCUGGCGAUUAGGUGUGUCGAAGAAUUGGCAGCCAACAGGCCUACAAUGAAUGAGGUGGUUAAAGAGCUUGAGAACAUCCAGCAGCUGGCUGGUUUCAAUGGCAAUGCUGAAAUGGUAUCCACCUCAACAACUUACAGUGAGACAACAGAAGGGAGUUUUUACCACGAUUAUAACAAAAAGGCCUUCUUCGAGUACAGUGGAACCUUUCCACAUUCUGAGAUGGAGCUUCAGAAAUAAUUUUUCAUUACACUCAGAGUGUUGAACAUAAACCUCUUGCAGUUUCUUUGGAUCAAGCACAUCACUUACCUUCAACAUUUUGAUGCUGUUGUUGUAUAUAGCGGGAUGAGAACACACAAAUACCUUCCCUCUCUGUUAAAACAUGCAGAAGCAUAGAUCUCUGUAGUUUGCCAGUCUCCAUGUGGAGAAUGUACCUUUGCAUGAAGUGAAGUUUGAGAUUUUUUCACAUUUCCAAUGAUUUUACCCUAAGAAAAUCAUGCUAGGAUUUCUUUGUCUA